UGUUGAACCUGCGUGAGGGCUGCGGGCAAAUAUGUGCGUGCCUAACUCAUUUGUUGUCGUCUUUCCAGACUCCUGGGCGACUUAGAAAAUUGACUUGCCCACAAGCUUAACGUGACUGUGACCAAGAAAAGUUCUCUGCUCCGAGAAAUACGAACGAUUGUGCUGGAAGAGACCUAUUUAUAGUAGCUUUGGGUAUCCAGUUUGGGCUUUCUGAUUGGGUAAAAGUGAAGUAACGCAAUAGCCAAUGGAACGGAAGAAUUUCAGUGUCGUUAACAUUCGCAUUUGUGACGACACACUAAAAUUAAUCCAAUCGUAGAGGAAAAUUAUUAACCUCAUUUGAAUACCGCAUCUAUAAAUGCAUGUAACCUAGUGAGGGGUGAUUAUUUUCCCAGGUAUUUGCAUCAGUCUUCUGGUUUUUGCUUUUUGAACGCUGUAAUGCCUGAGCCUACGAAGUCUGCUCCUGCCCCGAAGAAGGGCUCCAAGAAGGCGGUGACCAAGGCGCAGAAGAAGGACGGCAAGAAGCGCAAGCGCAGCCGCAAGGAGAGCUACUCCGUCUACGUGUACAAGGUGCUCAAGCAGGUGCACCCCGACACCGGCAUCUCGUCCAAGGCCAUGGGCAUCAUGAACUCGUUCGUGAACGACAUCUUCGAGCGCAUCGCGGGCGAGGCCUCGCGCCUGGCGCACUACAACAAGCGCUCGACCAUCACGUCCCGGGAGAUCCAGACUGCCGUGCGCCUGCUGCUGCCCGGGGAGCUGGCCAAGCACGCCGUGUCUGAGGGCACCAAGGCGGUCACCAAGUACACCAGCUCCAAGUGAACUUGCCAAUCAGGGGAGACAUAAGAAUGCACAGAAGAAACGAAUGCAUAAAGUAACCGAAAACAUGAAUCUGUCCAUAGAAGAUAUGAAGUAUGACAA